GUGGACCCAGCGGACCGGAGUACCGUUAAAAGAAUAAUCAGCUGAUUAGAAACGUCUCACGGAUUGCCUUGCCAAUCUUGUGGUGCAUUCGGGAGGUGGCGUCAUGAUGUCGUUAUCAUUUGGUUGCGAUGAUCAUUUAUAUUCUCGGUCACCUCAGGUAGCACUUGUCUCAGACCAGUCCAAAACACAUCUUACCUGUUGUAUCCCCAUCUGCCGUAACGCAAAGUCCGGUGUGGAUCAAAAAGUUGGCUUCCAUCCAUUUCCACCGGAUCCAACAUUGCGGAAAGUUUGGAUGGAAUUUGUUGGCGUUGACGAUUCGAAGUUUCGCUGGAGAGGGAAGUAUGUCUGUUCAGAACAUUUUCUGCACUCGGAACUGAUCGAAGAAAAUGAUUCAAAGAAACUGCUUCCGGAAGCUGUCCCAAUGACAUUCACGUCAAACGGAGACGAUGAAGAUGAUUUAUUUGAACGUGAAGAUGUUAUGAUCUCCACAGAAUCUGUAUUUAACAAUGUUUCAAGAGUCGCGGAAAUCAAUCUAGGUACUGUUGAACAAGACAUGGAGCUACGAACUUUAUUUUGUCGUAUUUGUCUCAGGAAACGGUCGGACUUGUUACCGUUAAGUUCCAAACUACAUAAUGCUACGCUAACGGAUAUCAUUUACACUACCGCUGGCCUGAAGAUCCAAAUGGAUGAAAUGAGUCCAACUAAAAUCUGUACUAGCUGUGUUACCAAGCUCGAUCUUGCGUUCAAUGUAAGAAUUGAGCUGAUACACAACGACAAGAAAUUGAAAAAUUUGAUUGAAGGACAGCAGUUGGCGUAUCACUACAAAUUCUAUGAUAGUCAUCGAUUCGAAACAAGAAGCAUGAAUGAAGACUAUUUGGAAGGCUUGAUGACGACGGUUAAGAAGGAUAUGUCGGUUCCGCCUUUAAAUGUUGAAGUAUUCAAUUUGGAGCCUACUGAAAAGCGAAUCGAAACGGUGGCCAUUGUAGACGAAAUAGAAAAUAAACCAAUUCUUCCGAUAAUAUUGGAUGAACCACUAUCGGAGAAUGGAGAUAUAGUCGAGGUGGAUCAUAUAUACGAUGAAAAUGUUUUUAUUGACACUGCAUCAGACACGGUUCCUGAAAAAGAAAUAGUUGAAGAACCUGAACUAAAAAUGCAACAAUUAUUUGCAGUGCACGAAAAUUCAGCUAAUCGUUUAAAACAGCAAAUUUCUGAGCAUGAGGAAGAGAAUGUAACUAAUAAGAAGCAGUUUGUCUUCUCGUGGAAGGAAUUGUACAGACCAAAAAAUGCACCUAAGCCAAAACGCGAGUAUGAGCAUAGAACGAAACCAGAUCUUGUUCCUCAUACAUGUUACACUUGCAAAACUUCAUACAAAGACGCCGAUGAGCUGGAAACGCACAUGGAGGAACACGUUGGCCUUCUGCCGUUCACAUGCGAGGAAUGCAAUACGGAAGAAUAUCCUCAGGAGUUCAAAUCGCUCUACGCUCUCAACAAGCACCUCCAGUCGCAUCUUUAUCCGUAUAAGUGCGAUUAUUGCCCUAUUCGGUUCCUUAACGGUGAUUCUUAUAUAAAGCACGUUGGUACUCACGAAGGUACCGUCGUGGACGGCUUUACGUGCGACUUAUGUGGGAAGCAUUUUACACUUAGAAGGUCUUUCUCAGUUCACCUGGCCAAGCAUCGGGCCAUAGAAAAUGGAAAGUUCACCUGCGAAUAUUGUACCAAAAAGUUCAACAGUAAUGGGCUGCUUAAGCGACAUCUUCGUAUUCAUACGGGUGAAAAGCCAUAUGAGUGUAAAAAGUGCGGCCAACGGUUCAACCACGAGGCCAAUUUCCAGAAUCAUAAACGUAGACACAUCGGAGAGCGGCCCCACCAUUGCACCGAGUGUGAUAAAAGUUUUGUCUGCAGUACUACACUUCGCUACCACAUGGCUAUGCACAUCCGAGACCCGCAAUUUGUGGCUCAGUUAACAAGUCAGAAGUCAAGUAUUUCAGAUGAAACAACCAAAAACGACGGCGAGUAUACCUGCAAUGUUCCAAAAUGUGGCUUCGUGAGCAACGUGCACUGGGAAUAUGUCUACCACAAGAGCGUACAUCAUAAUAAAAACCAGUGUGAAAUUUGCAACAAGCAAUUCAUAUGUAGAUCGAUUCUCAAUAAGCACAUCAUGGUAAUGCACGAGAAGAACAACCUCCCGAAACCCCUUCCUUGUCCGUACUGUCCGAAGAUGUUCGGUAAUCGACCAAAACUCAACCUGCACAUCGACGCGCACGAGAACAACCGGAAAUACAAUUGCAGUUUUUGCGAAAAGAGUUUCAUACAGAAAUCACACUGCACUUCGCACGAAAAAAUACAUACCGGCGAACGAGCUCACCCAUGUCAGUUCUGUCCGGCUGCGUUUAGAACACCUGCCGACAAGAGAAAACACGAGAAAACUCACCAGAAGGUGAAGAUGGCGAAGGAAGUGGAUGUCAUACAAGAUGACUCGCAAGAGGUAAAUUCAGAUGAGCAAAUUGAGGAGCACUACGGUGAUGUCACACAAGCUGAGGAUAUGGAUGAUUUGGUUAUAUAUGCUCCAUUAUAAAAAUACUGCAAUAACAGUAAUCUAUGUGGAGCCAACUUGGAGCUCUCGAGUAAGAAUACUUCGUUCAGGUAACGUAUGUUGUAGUAAAUGAUCAUAAAAUAAAAUGUUCAAA